GAAAUCACGUCGUCAAGAUGUACGCGAGCUGUGGCAGCGUGGAAGAUGCAAAGGCAGCGUUUGAAAGGAUCCGGCCGCGCAAUGUUUUCUCCUGGAACAUCAUGCUCUCGGCCUAUGCCCAGAAGGGACACCUCCGCGAGGCAAGGGAGCUGUUUGACAAGAUGGAGAAGAGGGACGUGGUUUCAUGGACGACUUUGCUCAGUGGCUAUGCUCAGAUGGGGUAUGUGGACGAGGCCAGGGGAUUGUUCGACAGGAUGAAGCAGCACAGUGGAGUGUCGUGGAGCUCGAUGAUUUCGGCUUAUGCCCAGAACGGGUAUCCCAGUGAAGCGCUGGAGAUCUUCUGGGCGAUGAGCCUGGAGGGUGUGAAGCCGAGGACGAGCACUUGGGUGUCCGUGAUUGAUUCGUGUGGCAGUGCUUUGGCUGUCAAGGAUGGUGACGUGCUUCGCCAAGCUGUGAAAGACGCGGGGCUUGAAGGAGAUGUCGUGGUCGGGACUGCUCUCGUCGAUAUGCUUGGGAAGUUUGGCAAGCCCGAGGAAGCCUGGCGGGUCUUCGCUGGGAUUUCAGAGAAGAACACCAUAUCCUGGAAUGCUAUCAUGUCGGCGUUCGCGCGGAAUGAUCGUUUCCAGGAGGCACUCCGGGUGUUCCAGACGAUGUGCUUGGAAGGUGCCGAGCACGACAGUGUGACUUUUCUCAACGUUUUCAGCGUUUGCUCCAAAGCUCCCACACUGGCUUUCGAAGGUGAGUGCUGGUACCAGAGGCUUUUGGAAGCUGGUUUUGCAUUCGACUGCUCUUUGGAGACUGCUGUGGUUAACAUGUGUGUCAACUCCCGUAGGCUCGAGCAGGCAUUUCGUGUAUUCGACGGGAUGAUUCGAAAGAGUGCCGUGACAUGGACGAUUCUGCUAAGAGCUUGCGGCCAAAGUGGUGAUGCGAGAAAGGCUCUCAAGAUGCUGGCGCUCAUGGACCAAGACGGAAUUCCUCCGGACAAAAUCGUUAUUCUCAGCCUUUUGGAGUCUUGCAGCUCGAGCCUGAGCUUCGGCAGCGUGCAACGAGUCAUCGAACUUCACAGAGAUGUUGUCGAAGGUACCGGUUUUCAUUCAGACUCUAAAGUUGGAACCGCGCUUAUCAUGCUCUAUAGCAGGUGUGGGAGCUUGGAGCACGCAAAAGCGUCGUUCGAUGGCAUUGUUCGCGGCACUGUUGCUUCCUGGACUGCAAUGAUCGUGGCAUACAUCCAGAGUGGUGAGUGCCACAGCGCCUUGCAGCUCUUCAGCACAAUGGACUUGGAAGGAGCUCGUCAACACGGGAAAGCAAUACACUCGGCUAUUUUCGAGGCUGGGAUCGACACAAGCGGCGCACUGGGAAUCGCCCUGGUGAAGAUGUACGAGAGAUGCGGCAGCGUGACUGAAUCCACAAAGCUCUUCAAGGAGAUGCCCGAGCGUUCUCCACACCGGCUGAUAGCAGGCUUGCAUUGCCAGCAGAUGGACGAGAAAGAGGUGGAGGAGAUGUUCCAGGCCAUGGACUUGGAAGGCCGGAGUUUGGACAGGGAAGCCGCCAUCGCCACCAUCACCGCGUGCUGGCAGAGCUCCAUCGCCAGGACGAUCCACGCUCGAGUUCUGGAGUCCGAGUGGAGCCUCGACUCCAACUUAACGGCGGCGCUCAUCAACAUGCACGGGAAGUGUGGCAAUCUCCGCGAGGCCAGGAGAGUUUUCGACGAGCUUGGCAGUGGCCGGGACAGUGUGUUGUGGACGAGCAUCAUGGCUGCGUACUCCCGCGACAGUGGUGCCAAGAGCUGUCAAGAGAUCUUCGAGCUGUUUGGGAUGAUGAGCUUGGAGGGCGUGGCUCCCAGCGGUGUGAGCUUCAUCAUCGUGCUCACGACGUGCAGCCAUGCCGGGAUGCUGGGAAGAGCAGUGGAGUGCGUGAGGUGGAUGAUCCAGGAUUUUGGAAUGGAGGCUGGGGGUUACCAUUUGGCGUGCGUGGUUGAUCUGCUGGGACGCGCUGGUCGAGGUGAUGAUGCGGCAGAGGUUGUAAACAGGAUGCUUGUAGAGAAUAGAGCGGCAUUGUCUUUGAUGUAUUUCGACACACUGGUAGAAGACAAAAAAAGCUUGCAUUGAUCAGUAUUAAAAAAAUCCCUAUUUUGGGAUUGUCUUUGAUAGUA